UCAACGGGGCUUAGCCAGUAAAACACAGUUCAAAACCAGCUCGCCCAGUUUCCCUGUACUUAACGAAGCCAUCUUUCUUCCUUUCAUUCGUUCGCUCUUCGAUUCUCUUCGUCGUCAAUUCCCUUUAAUUCUAUCAGCCACUGCAAACCCAAUUUCCUGCAGUUUCUCCCUAACUUCCACUUCCAUUUUCUCGGAAGAAAAGGUGUACCGCAGGACCUACGCACUGCGCACAGAAAUGUUGUCAGCUUUUUCUCUUCGUGUGAGGCGCUCCUGAAAACGACGCAGUUUAGACUUUUCCUGAGGCUCUCAGUUGUCAUAAUACGCAACGGAAUCUGAGUCUUCCGAGGCUCUUCCAAGCUCAUUUUGAAUACAAUAAAAUAGAGCUCUUUUUAAGACUACAUGUAAACCCUAGGCUCUGGUAAAGAGGAAAAGGUGAACCCAUUUUGCUGAUUUUGAUGAAGUUCUUAUUCGUGUCCGUAAAAUCCCAAGUGGGUCGUGUUUCCUAGGGUUUUGUGCUGAUUUGAAAUCUGGGUUUCAGUGGAAAAUGGGGUUUUGGGGUUGUGGGAUUUAGAUAUUUCAGGGUUUUAGUGCUUUGAACGAACCCUAAGGGACUGGAAUUGGGGAAUUUGAUGGUGGAAAAGUGAAAUCCGUGCUGGCAGCUCGAGGGGCCAGGUCAAUGAAUGCAGCUAGAGGAAUUGACUUUUUAUAUUUUGAAUUUUGGAAUUAGGGUUUUCGGAGUGAUUUGAGCCUCAAAGAAAAGAAAAUGCUAACUUCAGUGGAUUUUGUAGGUGGGUUUUGGAUGAUUUUGCGGAAUUCGUGAUUUUGAGGAUUUGAAAGAUUUGUUACGAUAUUUGUAUUGGACCAAAGGGGUUGUUAAUGAUGUCGGGAGCUCCAAGGGUGAGGUCUAUGAAUGUGUCUGAUUCCGAAGCAAGGCCGGUGCUUGGUCCCGCGGGGAAUGGGAACAAGACCGGGUUGUUGAUUGCACGAAAACCUGGUACGAAGCCAUUGAGAAAGAUGGAGAAAUCAGCCGGGGAGGCUACAUUGGCCGAAGAUAUGAAAGCCUGUAAAUCUUCUCGGGUUGCUACUUCCUCUCCCCAGCUGCAUUCUGUCAAUGUGUCUUCAAUGCUUCGACGGCACGAGCAGUUGUUACACUUCAAUUUGUCAUUAAGCGCUUCGUGUUCAUCUGAUGCUUCUACGGAUUCAUUUCAUAGUCGAGCUUCUACUGGCAGGUUGAUUCGGUCGAAUAGUCUGGGGAGUAGGAGAAAGCUGUCUGCUUCCAAGCCAAGAAGUGUGGUUUCUGAUGGUGGUUUGGAGUCUCUACCCGAGGGAUUGCAGACCAAGAAGAGAUGUGCGUGGUUGACACCGAAUGCAGAGCCAUGUUAUGCUGCUUUCCACGAUGAAGAAUGGGGGGUUCCUGUACAUGAUGACAAGAAAUUGUUUGAGCUGCUUGUCCUUUCUGGUGCUUUGGCUGAACUUACAUGGCCUGCUAUUUUAAUCAAAAGGCAUAUCUUUAGGGAAGUAUUUGCAGAUUUCGAUCCUGUUGCUGUCUCAAAGUUUAAUGAAAAGAUGAUAAUAGCACCAGGAAGCCCGGCAAGCUCUCUCUUAUCAGAGCUAAAGCUACGUGCUAUCAUUGAGAAUGCACGUCAAAUAUCUAAGGUCAUAGAUGAGUUUGGGUCAUUUGGCAAGUAUAUCUGGAGCUUUGUAAACCACAAGCCUAUAGUCAGCAGGUUCCGAUAUCCUCGCCAAGUUCCGGUGAAAACUCCAAAAGCCGAUGCUAUAAGCAAAGACCUAGUGAGACGGGGAUUCCGGAGUGUGGGACCCACUGUCAUAUACUCGUUUAUGCAGGUUGCAGGAAUAACAAAUGACCAUCUCAUUAGUUGCUUCAGAUUCCAGGAGUGUGUAGCUGCAGCAGAAGGGAGGGAAGAGAAUGGCAUCAAGUUACACAAGGCUGGAGAAACAAACCCCGAUAAUGUGGAGCUCCAGGCUCAGUCAUCAGUUUACCUUGUUGACAUGUUCACGGCUACUCAUUGACAUGUUCGCAGCUACACUGAGUGGUAAUGGAGGUGAAGGUGCUGUGUGUAUAAAACUUCCUGAAUUCCUAAUCAUCAUGGAUUCCUAGUUUGUAGAUUACUAGAAUGAAUGAAUUUAACUGGUGAUUGUCCUGUCAAUGGGGCUUAUCGAGAGAACCUUGAGAUUUGAUGUACAAUUUUUUGUACAGUUUUAGUUUAAAAGAUUAGUAAUUAGAAUUUUUUUCUCAA